GCUAAAUUUGUGGCAAUGCGAUUGCUUAAAAAUAAAGAGCCACUAAAGAUAAAGGCAUGUGUGUUAUGUAUUUUUACAGCCCAUUCCAAAGAGGAUUCGGACCUGACUUGGGCCCGGCGUAAACUAACUCAGCAGAUUGUAGAAGAGAACCAGACAUCCAGUACACCCAGAGCUGCUAUCCAUGAAUUUCCAGAGGACAUAUUCACUAAGGGGCAGAGGAGGCAUGGGGCAAUUCUACUGCAUGUGUUUUGUGCAGUUUACAUGUUCUACGCCCUUGCUAUUGUCUGCGAUGUCUACUUUGUCCCCUCUCUGGAAAAAAUCUGUGAGAAUCUGCACCUCAGUGAGGAUGUUGCAGGUGCCACUUUCAUGGCAGCAGGCAGCUCCGCCCCCGAGCUUUUCACAUCUUUGAUUGGUGUGUUCAUCACCAAGGGGGACCUGGGGGUGGGAACUAUUGUGGGAUCAGCUGUUUUCAACAUCCUGGUCAUCAUAGGAGUCUGUGGAAUAUUUGCUGGACAGACCAUCACUCUGACCUGGUGGCCGCUUUUCCGUGACUCUAUCUACUACAUCCUCUCAGUGUUGGCCUUGAUUCUGAUCAUAUAUGAUGAGAAAGUCAUUUGGUGGGAGACUAUAAUCCUCAUAUCAAUGUAUGGAGUUUACAUCCUUAUCAUGAAGUGGGUAUCUAGCAUGUUUAUUUAUUAUACACAUUAACACAUUUAUUUUAAUAUUACUGCAGUCAAAUGAUUAAUCGUGAUA